UUUCUUUUUGAGUGCCAGCGGUUUUCCAGUUAUAAUUAAAUCUCAACCUGCAACCUGCAACCUACAACCUGCAAAUUAUACCUGCCGUCGUGCGGCCCUUCUAGGAAAUGCCAAAACAAACCCACCCGAACAAGUUCAGAGACAGGCUGCUCGCUUCGUAACUAGGACCUAUUCAAGAGAGGAAGGACUGAAGCAUUGAAUCAUCUUAACUGGCCGCCAACACAGAAGAACCGACAGCCAGACUCUGCAUGCUCUACAAAUAUCUUAAUCAAGAAGCAGAAGUGACAAUUCCGGUUCAUCACCAGACCUUAUUCCGCACCUGUGGCGCUCACUCCCAGAAUUUUAUUUAACUACCGCUGGCAUCAUGCAUCCGUUUUUGGCCGACAACAAAUACUGAUUGGAACAACUUACCCGCUGAGGUAAUUACAUCCAAAUCAUUAAGUCAUUUCAAGUCAGCUUUGAACAAGACACCGUUGACAUAGUUCUCUUUGUUUUUGGACUGCGUGCACUAAUUUAAUUUUUUUUUUCAACCUAUUUGUUUGUUUAUUUCCAUAUUUUCUCAGUUUUCAUAUUACUUGCGAACCGUUCUGAUAGGAUAUUGUAAGUUAAGAAUGUAAAUGUAGUUUGGCUCUCUUUAUAAAGGCGAUGACAGAUAAGAGUCCGAAAUAGAAGGUGACGACUGAUUUAAAAAACGCUCAAACUGACGGUUAUCUCAACGUGAUUCCAAUUUCAAUGAGCAAUUAACUGAAUGGUAAAAAAAUAGAGCACACUAAAUGUUUCGUGCCUCCUAAGAUCCAAUCCCCACGUCCAUGUCGUAGGAGGUGGAAACAGGCAAAGUAGGGGGUUGCUAGGCAGGGUGAUGCAUGGUGGGGGGUUAAUCUUCCCGAGCCGCUACGGUAGCCAUGAAGGCCUGCCUGGAUCUACCCUGAAACGUGCUGGCUAACGGGAACCCUGGUGAAGCUGACUGGGCCAAUCACCCAUCAGUGGAUACAAACGAUUACAGAAACGGAGACAAUACUGAGUAUGACCAGCCCGACUCGUGAAGAGGUCUCUUCCGAGAGCUAUAUGGCACCAUCUGGCGAAGCCCUGCCAGGAGCCAGACGGCUGAAAUCUCUUCUGACGAUGAAGGCUAUAACAAAGAUUGCGAUCUGGAAUGUCCGUACCAUGUAAAGCUGCACAAGUGGCAAACGAAAUGCGCCGCUAUGACAUCGCAGUGUUCGGCAUCUGCGAAAGCAGAUGGAAUGGAUCUUGCUGCAUAACACUAGCAACAGGAGAGCAGGUGGCUUACUCUGGGCGUGAGAAUGAACAGCAUGUACACCAAGGAGUGGCUUUUAUGAUGAGUAAGUCAGCAGCAAAAGUCUUGAUCGAAUGGGUCCCUGUGUCACCGAGGAUCAUCACUGCACGAUUCAACUCUAAGGGCAGAAAGGUCACCCUCAUAAACUGCUAUGAUCCAACCAACAACAGCACUGAUGAGCUAAAACAAGAAUUCUAUUCUCCUUGGGGACGUUAAUGCCAAAAUUGGAUCACACAACACUGGAAGAGAGAGGAUCAUGGGGCGCCAUGGAUUAGGCUGCAUAAAUGAUAAUGGAGACCGGUUCGCCAACCUAUGUGCUUUCAACGAUCUAGUCAUUGGUGGCAACAUUUUCUCCCACAAAGCCAUCCAUAAAGCCACAUGGAUCUCUCCUGAUGGUAGAUCAUCUAACCAAACUGACCACAUUGCAAUCGGCAGAAAGUGGAGGAGAAGCCUUAUGGAUGUGAGAGUCAAAAGAAGGGCAGAUGUUGCUUCUGACCACCAUCUCCUGCUAGGGACCCUUAAAGGUAAACUUAGGGCCCAUCGGGACCUUUCAAGUAGACCACGCUACAAAUACAACACCCAAAACCUGAAGAGCAAAGAGAUAGCAGAAACAUUUAGUUGCUCAGUAAAGAAUAGGUAUUCAGCCCUUGAAUUUGUGGAAGAAGAAAUAGACAGUCACUGGAUAGCACUGAAACACACUUGGCAGGAGUCCUGCGAUGAAGUCGUGGGCAAAAGGAAAAGAACGCAGAAGGAGUGGCUCUCAGCAGAGACAUGGAAUCUGAUUACACAGUGGAAACGCUUGAAAGUCGAAAUCAGUAGAUGCAAUGAGCAAGCUAAGAAGAGCAGCUUAACUUUAAUGUACCUGCAACUUAACAAGGACGUAAAGAAAAGUGCCAAGAAAGACAAGAAGGAGUUCUACAAUACUCUUGCCACGGAAGCAGAAAGUGCAGCAGGACAGCGAAACAUGAAAAGACUAUAUGACAUAACUAGAACAAUGUCAGGAAAGAGAAGAAGCCAGUCAAAGCCAGUUAAGAGCAAGGAAGGUGUUACUAUCACUACAGAGCAAGAACAAAGGACAAGAUGGGUGGAACAUUUCCGGGACAUUCUGAAUAGACCACCCCCCACAGAAACGCCAAACACCACUGCUAAUGAAGGGCCUCUAGUCAACGUUAAUGUCAACCCACCAUCUAAAGCAGAAAUUGAACGAGCGCUGAAGCAGCUGAAGAAUGGGAAAGCGGCAGGUCCAGAUGGCAUCCCCCCUGAAGCUCUUAAAGUAGACCCAAACACUACGACAGCCAUGUUACACCCGCUUUUCCUUCAGAUCUGGGAAAUGGAGAAGGUUCCAUCGGAAUUGCAGAAUGGCUAUCUUGUCAAGCUGCCAAAAAAAGGGGAUCUUGGGCUCUGCAAGAACUGGAGGUAAAUCAUGCUCCUCUCAAUUCCCAGUAAGGUUUUCUGCCGCAUUAUCCUAGAAAGGCUGAAACAUGCCCUAGAUCACAAACUACAUUGUGAGCAGGCAGAGUUUAGGAAAGACAAAUCUUGCACCGAUCAUAUUGCAUCCCUGAGGAUAAUGAUCGCACAAUCUAAAGAAUGGCAGACUCCGUUAUACAUGAACUUUAUUGACUUCGAAAAAGCUUUCGACGGUGUUGACAGGAACGUCACCUGGCAACUCAUGGGUCAUUAUGGAGUCCACCAAAGUUUAUUAGGCUGAGUCAGGAGUUAUAUGAAGCCUCAUCUUGUCAAGUCAUUCACAUCGGGAAAUUGUCAGAGCCAUUUAAGAUGAACACGGGAGUCCGUCAAGGCACCUUGCUGCCACCAAUGAUCUUCAUAAUGGUCAUGGACUGGAUUAUGAGAGAGGUAGAGAGUCAGGGUAAAACAGGUAUACAAUGGACACUUACAUCUCAACUCCAUGACCUGGAUUAUGCAGAUGACAUAUGUCUUCUAUCUCAGAAACCGCAACAUAUGCAAACCAAGACCGACCAUCUGGCACUGGUUGCAGAGAAAACUGGCCUCAGGAUCAGGAAAGAAAAGACCAAAGUCAUGAGAGCUAACAGCAGACAGUGGGAGAAGAUCAAGCUGAAAGAUAUGGAGGAUGUCCACAGCUUUAUGUAUUGAGGGAGUAUCGUCACAUCAGACGGAGGAGCGGACAAAGAUGUAAAAAGCAGGGUAGGGAAAGCCAGGCAGGCCGUUAAUGCCCUAAGACCAGUGUGGAACUCAACAUCCGCAAGCAUUUCCUGGAAUUUAGGAUCUGGGGCCCGUUUCUCGAAAGCUCCGGAAACUUUUCGGGCCCGUAAGGCCAUU